UGUCUCAUGCAAUGGAUGGAACCCGCCAUUGCAUCAACUGUCAACGCUGGAGAGAUAAAUGCCAUGGACACGGAGGACAUUUUAAAGGGUUUUGCAGAUGGCGGAAAGGAAGGGAAUUCGGCUGGACUCGAGACCAGUGGAGCGGGAGGGAGUACAACAGACUGUGCAGAGGUGCUUGCCACAAUAUAUGCACAGACUGCAGAUAUGGUGAGUGAUGGGCAUGACACAGAGAAUGAUGCAGGAGGGAGCACAUGUGAGACGGAGAAGGUUGAGGAAAACAGAGAGACGGGAGAUGUGGGAAGCAGAGAAUCUCCCACGGGGUGUAUUGUGAGAGACGAAAACGUGAUGAGGGCAUCAGCAGGAGAACAAUACCCAUAUGACAUUAAUUGGGUGUCGGGUCGUGUUCAACCGGGUAUUGUUGAAGACACACCAUGCUUUGCGUUCAAGGUCGAUGGCACGCCAUUCAUGCGGCUUGUGCGUGAGAUUGUGAAGAAGGACAUCGCUCCAGAUAUGGGGGUGAAAUUUCAGAUGACUGUUGUGCGUGCAUUGAUGGAGGUUGCCGAAGCUUACCUAGUUGCCAGUUUCGAGAACACAAACGAGGUGGCCAUCCAUUCGAAGAGGGUGACGAUCCAGCUCAAGGACUUGAGACUGGUUGAUAGGCUGUCGAAGCCUCGUUGGGUUGAGAAAUAUCAAGCUCCGCUUCUCCUCGUCUUACCAUCCCAGAUUGAUGGUCAGACCGAGAUCCCGAACAGGACUCUCGGAGAUAUUCUCCGAAAGAUUGUUCGUGACGACCAGCAGUGGGAUCUCCAUCUUGCCCACGCGGAGAUAACCUACAACCACGCCGUCUCGCCAGCCACGGGGAUGCCGCCUUACUAUUGCGAUCUCAGCUAUCACCCUAAUGUUCUUGCGGAGUUCCUUCGACUGUCACAGAUGCACCCCGACACGAGUUGUCCCGCGCUGGAUGAUUGGGUUGCACACAUGACAUCGAUCAUGAAGACCGCGCAUGAGCACAUAGCCGUUUCUCAGACUCACAUGGCCGCACGUGUGAACCGAUCGUGGAUGGAUCACCCAUUCAAAGUCGGUGAUGAUGUGUUUAUCGACGCCCACCAUUUACAGCUCAAAGCGGACACGCUUCGCAAGUUCCGGCGUCCCUUCUUUGGCCCAUGCCGCAUUCUCCACGCCGUCGGUUUUGCGGCUUCUACCCGGUCAGCUUCCAUGUGAAGCUGCUCGACUACCUACGCCAGACUCGUGUGCACGAUGUCCACCACGUCUUGUUACUGCGUCCCUACCACAGA